AUGGCCUCUCCGAGGGCCCAGCACCACGCUGACCGGGCUCUUCCCCCAUCCCGCAGGCUGGAGGAGGUGCCCUUGGAGGUGCUGCGGCAGCGGGAGUCCAAGUGGCUGGAUAUGCUCAACAACUGGGACAAGUGGAUGGCCAAAAAACACAAGAAGAUCCGGCUGCGGUGCCAGAAGGGGAUCCCGCCCUCGCUGCGGGGCCGAGCCUGGCAGUACCUCUCCGGGAGCAAGGUCAAACUGGAGCAGAACAUCCACAAGUUUGAAGAACUGGAUCUCCUCCCAGGGGACCCAAAGUGGCUGGAUGUGAUUGAGCGGGAUCUCCAUCGGCAGUUCCCCUUCCACGAGAUGUUCGUCUCGCGCGGAGGCCAUGGGCAGCAGGACCUGUUUCGGGUGUUGAAGGCCUACACGCUGUACCGCCCCGAGGAGGGCUACUGCCAGGCCCAGGCCCCCAUCGCUGCCGUCCUGCUCAUGCACAUGCCGGCCGAGCAAGCGUUCUGGUGCCUGGUGCAGAUCUGCGAGAAGUACCUCCCCGGCUACUACAGCGAGAAGCUGGAGGCCAUUCAGCUGGACGGGCAGAUCCUCUUCUCGCUGCUACACAAGGUCUCACCCGUGGCCUACAAGCACCUGAGCAAGCAGAAGAUCGACCCCAUCCUCUACAUGACGGAGUGGUUCAUGUGCGCCUUCUCCCGCACGCUGCCCUGGAGCUCCGUCCUGCGCGUCUGGGACAUGUUCUUCUGCGAAGGAGUGAAGAUCAUUUUCCGGGUGGGCCUCGUGCUGCUCAAACACACGCUGGGCUCCUCGGACAAGCUCAAGUCCUGCCAGGGCCAGUACGAGACCAUGGAGAGGCUGAGGGCUCUCAGCCCCAAGAUCAUGCAGGAGACCUUCCUUGUGCAGGAGGUCAUCGAGCUGCCGGUGACGGAGCGUCAGAUCGAGCGGGAGCACCUGAUCCAGCUGAAGAAGUGGCGGGAGACGCACGGGGAGCUGCAGUGCAAGUCCCCCCCGCGCCUGCACGGCGCCAAGGCCAUCAGCGAGGCCGAGCCCCCCACCCGCAAGGCGCUGGAGUCCGUCCCCUCCAUCAUCGUCCCCCCCGGGCCAGCCCCCGUGCCCAAGGCCCGCAAGAGCAAGGAGAAGAGCCGAGAGAAGAGCCCGGCUGGCCCUGCCAAUGGCCCCGGGGCCGAGGGCAACGGGGUGCCUGGCUCGGCCCGGGAGCUGCUGCACCCCCAGGUCUCCCCCCACCACCAGUCCAAGGAGAGCUUGAGCUCCCGGGAGAGCGAGGACACGUACUUGUAGGGCCGGCGUGGGGCUGGGUCCGCACCCCGGGCAGCUGGGCUGCGCACGGACCUGGGCUCGAGGACACUGCUGGGGGCUGUGCAGGGACCCGGGGCGGGGGGACACGGGCUAGAGGGAUGGGGACAGGCUGGCCGGCCUGGGGACACCGUGGUCCCUCGUGUGCAGGGGCAGGCUCGAAGCUGGGGGGCAUCUGUGGGGGCUUGGCCAGGGGUUGGUGACCAAAGGGGACACCGUCUGUCGGUCUGCACUGGGUGCCCACCCCCGCAGGGUGCUGGCACCACAAGCGGUGGGAGCCCUGGAAGGGGGUGGCUGAGCCACCCAAGCUCCCCCCCUCUGAUGACCGGGGGGGGGCUGCCCCAUGGGCCCUUCUCCCUGUCCCAGAGCCCCUUGACCCGCCGCCCCCAGGGUCCCUCCCGUGGCCUCCAGCCCUCUCCCACCCUGUGCUGGCCGGGCAGACCCAGUGGCACAGGGAGACUGGGGGUAUGUGAGGAGCUGGGGGAGGCCCUCACCCCCCACCCCCCCUUUAUCUAGCGAGGAUAUAUCAAGCUGUAGCCCUAUAUGUAGUACCCAAUUACCUACUCACUGAGCCUAUUUAUUAUUCCUCCGUGGCAGUAAUCGUCGCAGGACAGGGACCCAGGUUGGGAGCUGCAGUGGGAUGUGAUGCCAGACCACAGCUGUGGGGCUAAAGCCCCCCCCCCACCCCUCUCUGGGCUCCCCAUGGCUUGUGGGGGGAGCAUUCACCCUCCUGGGGGUCUCCCCACCGCUGCCACCCACCCCAGGCCCCAGCAGAGGUGAGAUGGGGUGGGCGAGCGACUGGGUGCUCCCAUGUUGUGGGGUCCCCUCUCACCUCCCCCUUACCCCCCCAAGGGCCGGGGGGUGGCUUUGUAAAAUAAAGCGGGGGAAAAAACCGGUUUUGUACAAAGGGGUAAAUAAAGCAGGAUUGUGUAAAGGCGCAGCA